GGUCUCCCCCCAGUCCCCGCGGGCGUGCGCGGCAGCCGACCAUCUUGAGCAUGUUCUCCAAAGGGUCAGUACGACGGCAGGGCUGGGACCUGCACCUCCUUUUAUCGCGUCCCCCAGGAGCCUUCACCCUCUUCUUCCUCUCUCCGCCGUCCAGGGAACAAGAUGAGAAAAGGAUUAAAAUCGAAACCAAAGAAGGGUUGGAGAUAAAAGAUGAAAUUACUCAGGUUAAAACUACACCACCUGCUAAAACCACCCCUCCCAAGUGCGUCGACUGCAGACAGUACCUCGAUGAUCCCGACCUCAAAUUCUUCCAAGGGGAUCCUGAUGAUGCCCUGGAGGAGCCAGAAAUGCUGACGGAUGAGCGCUUGUCCCUCUUCGACGCUAACGAAGAUGGCUUUGAGAGCUACGAGGACCUGCCGCAGCACAAAGUCACCUCUUUUAGCGUCUACGACAAGCGAGGUCACUUGUGUCCCUUUGACACCGGCCUGAUCGAGAGGAACAUCGAGCUGUAUUUCAGCGGUGCCGUGAAGCCCAUCUACGACGAUAACCCUUGUCUGGACGGUGGGGUGAGAGCCAAGAAGUUGGGGCCCAUAAACGCCUGGUGGAUCACGGGGUUUGAUGGAGGGGAGAAGGCUUUGAUCGGCUUCACCACAGCCUUCGCGGAUUAUAUCCUGAUGGAGCCCAGCGAGGAGUACGCUCCCAUCUUUGCCCUCAUGCAAGAGAAGAUCUACAUGAGCAAAAUCGUCGUCGAGUUCCUGCAGAACAACCGCGACGUGAGCUACGAGGAUCUGCUCAAUAAAAUCGAGACCACCGUACCUCCCGCGGGGCUGAACUUCAACCGCUUCACAGAGGAUUCGCUCCUGCGACAUGCCCAGUUCGUGGUGGAGCAAGUGGAAAGCUACGACGAAGCUGGGGACAGCGACGAACCUCCCGUCCUCAUCACGCCCUGCAUGAGGGACUUGAUCAAGUUGGCUGGAGUCACCCUGGGGAAGAGGCGAGCUGUCAGGCGGCAGGCCAUCCGGCACCCCACCAAAAUAGACAAGGACAAGGGUCCCACCAAAGCCACCACCACCAAGCUGGUGUACCUCAUCUUCGACACCUUCUUCUCGGAGCAGAUCGAGAAAGACGAGAAAGAAGAUGACAAGGAGAACGCCAUGAAGCGCCGGCGCUGCGGCGUUUGUGAGGUCUGCCAACAGCCCGAGUGCGGGAAGUGCAAGGCUUGCCAGAACAUGGUGAAGUUUGGGGGCAGCGGACGGAGUAAGCAGGCUUGUUUGCAGAGGAGGUGUCCCAACCUGGCCGUCCGGGAAGCUGAUGAGGAUGAGGAGGUGGAUGACAACAUCCCUGAGAUGCCAUCGCCCAAGAAGAUGCUGCAAGGCAGGAAGAAGAAGCAGAACAAGAGCCGUAUCUCCUGGGUGGGGGAGCCCAUCAAGAGCGAUGGGAAGAAGGACUACUACCAGAGGGUCUGCAUCGAUUCGGAAACCCUGGAGGUGGGAGACUGCGUCUCCGUCAGCCCCGACGAUCCCACGAAGCCCCUCUACCUCGCCAGGGUGACAGCCAUGUGGGAGGACAGCAGUGGCCAGAUGUUCCACGCGCACUGGUUCUGCCCCGGCUCGGACACCGUCCUGGGGGCCACCUCUGACCCCCUGGAGCUUUUCUUGGUGGAUGAGUGCGAGGACAUGCAGCUCUCCUACAUCCACGGCAAAGUCAAAGUGAUCUACAAGGCGCCCUCGGAGAACUGGUCCAUGGAGGGCGGGCUGGACAUGGAGAUCAAGAUGGUGGAAGACGACGGGAGAACUUAUUUUUAUCAGAUGUGGUACGACCAGGAAUACGCUCGAUUCGAGUCCCCACCAAAAACUCAGCCCACGGAAGAUAACAAAUACAAGUUCUGCAUGAGCUGCACGCGCCUGGACGAGGUAAGGCACAAGGAGAUACCCAAAGUGGCUGAGCCUCUGGAAGAAGGGGAUGGGAAGAUGUUCUACGCCAUGGCCACCAAGAACGGAGUGCAGUACAGGGUGGGAGAUGGUGUCUACCUCCUGCCAGAAGCCUUUUCCUUCAGCAUGAAACCCGCCAGCCCAGCCAAGCGCCCCAAAAAGGAGGCGGUGGAUGAGGAGCUGCACCCGGAGCACUACCGCAAGUACUCAGAAUACAUCAAGGGCAGCAACCUGGAUGCUCCCGACCCUUACCGCGUGGGCCGCAUCAAAGAGAUCUUCUGCAAUAUCCGCAGCAACGGCAAACCCAACGAGGCCGACAUCAAGCUGCGCAUCUGCAAGUUUUACAGACCUGAGAACACGCACAAAUCCAUGAAAGCCAGCUACCAUGCAGACAUCAACCUCCUGUACUGGAGCGACGAGGAGACGACGGUCGACUUCCGCGCCGUGCAGGGCCGUUGCACGGUGGUGUACGGGGAGGAUCUGACGGAGAGCAUCCAGGACUACUCCGCCGGUGGGCUCGACCGCUUCUACUUCUUGGAG